UGGUGUUCUUUAUCGUUUUCUUUGACUUCAUCAAGCCGUGUCAGCAGCGUAGCAAUUUAAUCGCUUUUUAUCAGACAAGUCAUUAACCAGUGAAGAGGUUUACUUUCUUCGCAUAUAAGAACGUUUGCAGCCAAGCUCGACCCUGUGUUUUGGCUGGCAGACGCUGCGUCACUAGAAUGCGUGGAUUGGACAAAAAGCUACGAACAUCUUAUCUAACCCAUAUCCUUGGCCUCUAUACAAACGCCAUGUGUCAUGUGCGCCUUACUGGCGCCGGCAAGGGUCAUAUGUUGCUGUAGUAUGCACCUGCAUUUCAACCGAUGUGGCGUAAGUUAAUGUUUCCCACAGAGAAAAGAAAUAGCUCAAAAAUGAGAUGGAGAAGAAUUGGGCACUUAGGAGUUCUUCCUAGAAAAAGUCGAAAGCUAAGCCGGCUGAUGAGGGUGCAGCUACUUUUGUGAGACCUCAAUGGGUAGCAGUGAGGUGAAUGAGUUAUAUUGUGCCAUAUAUUUUGCAUAUGUUUACUGACGAUGUCAGUUCAGUGUCCAGAAUGUCGAGCAGAUUAGUGAUGAGUUGCACGGCGCACGUGAAAAUGUAAUCAAAUGGUUUGCACAGGUCUUCUAGGUGAAACCAGCCAGCAUAUCCCCUGAGCGAUGAGCAGCACAAAAGCAAUUUGCACAAAGCAGACGAUUGAUGAGGCUUUAGCACACUUUAAUGUAAUAGCAAGAAACCGUGAAGCGACGUCGAAAAACGACUGAGUACACUGGUCCAAGCGCCAUGGAAACCGAGAGCGCCUGGCAACGUGUCCGCAUUAAAUGUGUCGAAGAUGCUGCGAAACAGGCAGCGCGAUAGAGUCCGGAUCGAAGGUGUAGCAAAAACAAAGCCGGUCAAGGAAUUUUUUAGCGAUGGCAAAAACAGUUUUAGAACUAGUCAGAAUUCAUGACUGCAUCGAAUUUCUUCAUAAUAUAGUCGAGCCGAACCUUAUUUAAGGGAUUCUGCUACCCGCUUUUCUGCGAAGCUAAAGUUGUGAUCUAAGAAAUUGGUUUGUUGAAACAGUUAUGUACCCACACUAGCAUAGCAUCGAUACGAAGGCUCGCCUCUUUGAAGAUUGAGGUAAAAAAUACGAUACAUUAUUGUUCUACAAUAGGCUGAGGAUAAGCAGGCCUCUAUCAUCCGCAUUCCAAGCUCAGUAAAUCAACUGCAUUCGCGACCGUGAGUGGGGGAUUGUGGACUGAUGCCAGGUCUCGGUGCUCACGCGCUAUUAUAUUUUUCGCCUUCCGACGACAAAGAAUAAGAGACUACCGUGAAAAAUGCAAGGGACAAUAAAGAGGCAGAUUUAUUUGUAUCGAGCCAUAUACAACCCGCUGACCCCUUCACUGAGAUCAUAAAAAAUGCAUCAGAAUACACUUACAUUUUAGAACGGAUUCUAGAAUCAUAGAACAUGUGAGUGUUGUGUUUUACAUCCUCCCCGAUUUGAUUUCUCGUUGGCGCUGUCCAAAGUCAGCGACGAGAUCAUUCCAAUGAGCUACGUGUCAAUUAUCUUUUCUUUUUUCCAGCUAGCUUCUUCUUCACUAAGUCACUAAACAAACCGUUCUGGUUGGCGAUUAAAUUGUCUCUUCAUCAAAAGACGCUGGAUGAUUUGGAGCUGAUCCGCUGAGUCAUUGUUCACUAACUUGGACGCUUUGGUUAUAGGACAACUAAGGAGCUUAUAGGGUGUUGGUUCAUAUUUUGACAGCACAUCAACAUUGAAAGUUGGAUUUAUUUUUCUUCAUCUUAGUGAGAACUUGAGUUUUGCUACGUUGGGAUUUAUCAAAUUAAUGGUUUCAGAAGGCCCAACUUUUUUUGCUGCAACUUCGCCCUUUUGUUUUCCAUAUCUCUGGCAGCAUGAUUGAGAGAGAUUCUUCGAGUAUCUAGCAUAAGAAGAUCUCCUGCUCUGACUUCAAUUUGGUUAACUCUUCCCUUCUGAUCAUAGAAUUAUUUUUGAGUUGUUUGAGCUAUGAGUAGAUCUUUCGUGCUUGCUCAAAUAUUGUUUGUCUUCUUUCCACAAACUCUUUAAUCUGUACAUCAAUUUUUAGAUUUACAUCAUUUGAACAUAAUCUUUUUUGCCAUGGAAAGCGUUCCUUUCUCCCAGUAUCAAUUUCAAAGGAAGAAUACCCGUGGAUGCGCUGACUAGUAUCGAAUGAGCAUAUUCUGUGGUGCCUAAGUAACCUGUCCAAUCUAAACUAUGAUAGGACACCAUACAUCUAAAUGCAUCCUCAACAAUUAAGUUUUGUUGUUCAGUCUGUCCAUCUCAAUGAGCUGUUGUCAUGCUAAGUCGAACACCCAUGAUUGUCAUCAGAGAUUUCCAAAACGAUAUAGUGAACUUGCUAUCUCUUUCACUGAUGAUAACUUCAGGUAAGCCAUGGUGUCGAACUACAGCUUCAAAGAAUGUUUUGGCUGUUACAGGUGCGUCAUCAUUCGCAUACACUGCAGCGUACAUAGUACAUUUUGACAAUUUGUCGACAAAAUUUGAAUUGCAUAAAAAUCAUUUAAAACAGGACAUCCUGCUAUAAAAUCCAUGAAUACAACAUACCAGAAUUGCUCUGGAAUUGGAAUAGGCAUAAGCGAACUAUUUUUGCGUUGAUUGCCAUGCUUCCAGCGUGUACAUGUUUCACACGUCUUGAAGUAUUUCUUGAUAAUGUUCCGCAAUGUUUUCCAAUGAUACUAUAGCGCAACUCGUAAGAAUUUCUUACAAUUUCCAGGAUGAACAGCUUUUGUAGAGUCAUGAUAUUGAUAAAUGUCUUGAGCUCGAAUGCGAUGGUUGCUCGGAACACAAAGUCUUGACCUUUGUUAGAAGUUCGAAGGAAUAACAAUUCAUCAUAUUUGAUUUACGAUGUGUCUGUAUCAGACUUUGCCCUUGAAUCUUGAAACUCAGGAUCAUUGGCAUAACUUUGAUGAAACAUGUUUCGAACAUCUGGAGUCAGCUCGACAUACGAUGCAGUCAUUACUGCAGCAGCUUGAAGCGACCUGCCCCCCUCCCGGAUCAGAGUAAGCCCAGAAGGUGACACUUGCAAACGUGAACCACGAGCUUGACAAUUAGCAUCACAAUCAUGAAAGUCAAUGAUAGAAGGAGCAGAUUAGUCUGGACGACGCGACAAGACAUCAGCUACGACGUUGAUAACACCAUUAUUGUAAACAUAUUGCUGUCAAAUAUCUUGCCAACUUUGAUGAUACGUUUGGAUGAUGAGGAAGCCAGUAUUAUCAGUGAAUAUUUCAUACUGAUAAAGAUAAUGAUGCCAUUGGUUCCAUCUCAUGUACAUGGCCAAUUAACUUCAAGAACACCAAACUUCUUGGAAUGCAAAGCAACAAGAUGAUCAUGACCAUUUACAAAUUGCGAAAGGACACCACCAGUACACAGCCCUGACGCAUCCGUAGUGAGAACGAAAGGGCGUGAAAAUUAGGUAAGUUCAGUACAGGUGCAGAUUGGAGAGCAGACGUAAGACUCGCAAAUGCAGCAUCUUGGUCUUUUCCCCAAUGCCAGUGUGUGUCCUUCAUCACAAGUUGG